AUGGCUGCAUCCGCCGCCAAUGUCAACAUGUUCCCGCAAUCGGCCUCCCCUGACUCCUUGGACGAAGCAGUGCAGGCCCAGGUCGCGGCAGCAAAGGCCGCCUUCGCAGCCGCCUUUGCUGAUCCAGACGCGGCGUUCGAUCGCCACAUCCUCGACCUGGGCGCCCGCAAGGCGUCCCUGCUGGCAAACGGGCGCGCGCUGACCCCCAACAUUGCGGUGCUGGGGAACGGCUCGGCUGCGAGCCUCCAGAAGUACAGGGCGGCCUUCAAGCAGAAUCUGAUCGAGAUCGCGGCGCUCAACGCGCGGCCGGGGGCGAACGUGGCGUACGGCAUCACGGCCUUUACGCACAUGCCGAAAGAGGAGUUCAAGGCCCGCUACCUGGGCGGCAAGAAAGCAAGCGCAAGUGGCACGUCACGCGCUGCCGCGGUCAAGGCAGCGGGUUACACCUGCGUUAAGGCGACGGCCUGGAAGGCGACGGCCCUCGCAAAGGCCAAGCUGGUCGGGUCCGUCGACUGGCGCAAGGCGUCGCCGCCCGCAGUUGGGCGCGUCCGUGACCAAGGGGAGUGUGGCAGCUGCGUCACAUUUGCCAAUGUGGCCGCCCUUGAGGCAGCAUACUCCCUUGCAAACAAAAUAGACGCAUCCACCGUUGACUUGUCAGAGCAGGAUGAGAUGGACUGCACCUCUGGUGACGCCUGCGAGGGUGCCGAUGGAUAUGAAUACAUUGACAACGCGAUCUGCAAUAAGAUCGCCUUCGAGAGGAGCAGGCCCUACACUGCACAAGACAACGACCGCUGCAGCACCAACCUCGCGCGCACCAAGCCGGGCGUUGUUGGGUACGCCUUUGUGCCCGGUAACAUUAACGACUUCCGGCGCGCCUUGGCACACAACGUGAUGGCCAUCGGCAUCGACGCUGGCGACUCCGACAACUUCAUGAACUAG